CAAAAGACUCCUCCGAGUACAGAUAAUGUGUGUGGUGUCAAUAGUAUAUAAAUAUAUACACCCUCACACACUCACACACAGAGACACUCCUGCCCCGCUGUCACUCUGUGUGUGGAUUUGCUUGGAGCAGAUGGUCAAAAAUGACAUUCUCUGGGUGGAUUCUGGCUUUAUGUCUGGUGGCUUUAAAAGGACAAAGCCAAGCAACACAGGCAGAGGGAGGAGCAGGCAGUGAAAGAAACUGCUCUUUAGUGCCGCCGUACUUGCCUCCAACAGCAAUUAACACAACUAGGCAGCUACAGGAUCUGAGAGCAGUCAUGAAAUUAAACAACGUCUCUGCCUACAUUAUACCUGGAACUGAUGCCCACCUGAGUGAGUACAUUGCCCAGCGAGAUGCCAGGUUGGCCUGGAUGUCUGGUUUCACUGGUUCUUCGGGCACGGGAGUUGUGACCCAAGAUAAAGCAGUGUUAUGGACUGAUAGCCGUUAUUGGGUUCAGGCAGAGCGCCAGAUGGACUGCAACUGGGAACUGGAACGAGAUGUUUCUAUCUCCAGCAUCACCAAGUGGCUCAUCAAAGAGCUCCCUGAGGAACAUGAGGUGGGAUAUGAUCCAUUCCUGUUCUCUGUAGACACAUUUGAUGCCUACAACAACAACCUGGCUCCAGCUAAUCGGAUGCUCAUUUCUAUUCCGGAUAACCUUGUGGACAAAAUAUGGGCUACACGACCGCCUCUUCCUCCUGAUAAUCCCACACGCCUGCCUGAUGAGUUCAUUGAGAGAACCUGGCAGAUGAAAGUGGAUCAUAUACGGGCUCUAAUGACGAACAAUCCCUACAAGCCUACAGCUGUCCUGCUCUCAGCUCUGGAUGAAACAGCAUGGCUCUUCAACAUGCGUGGCAAUGACAUCCCCUUCAAUCCGUUCUUCUACUCGUACACACUGCUGACUCUUGAUAAGAUAUGGCUCUUUGUGCACACUAAAAGGCUGACAGAAGAAAUUAAGGUCUACUUGAACUCAUCCUGUAACCUGUCUCACUGCGUACAGCUGUAUGAAUAUGAAACUGUCCGAGAGCACCUCAAGAUGUACCUCAUGGAGCUCAAUGUGAGAGUGUGGGUGGGCACUGAGUACACUAACCAGGCUCUGUAUGAGCUCAUCACUCCAGAGGAGAAGCUCCUGCAAAGUGAAUACUCUCCAGUGCUGACCACCAAAGCAAUCAAAGAUGAGACUGAGCAGAAAAUCCUUCGAGAAGCUCAUAUAAGAGAUGCUGUAGCAGUCAUGCAGCUCCUACUUCAGCUUGAGAGAACUGUCCCUGAGGGCAAGGAGACAGAGCUUACUGCAGCACAGCUCGUCAAUGUGUACCGCAGUAUGCAAAAAUUCAGCAAGGGGCCAAGCUUUGAGACCAUUUCUGCAAGUGGACCUAAUGCAGCUCUUGCACAUUAUAGUCCAUCUAAUGAAACUGCAAGAAAGCUGACCACAGACGAGAUGUAUCUGAUUGAUUCAGGAGGGCAGUACCUUGAUGGUACAACUGACAUUACUCGCACCGUGCACUGGGGUUCACCCACUAAAUUUCAGAAGGAAGCCUUCACAAGAGUGCUUAUGGGAAACAUUGAAAUAUCCAGGACCAUCUUUCCAGCAGGAACUAGAGGUGUCAACAUGGAGAUGCUAGGGCGCAGAGCAUUGUGGGAAGUGGGUCUGAAUUAUGGUCAUGGUACAGGUCAUGGUGUGGGCAACUACUUUGGAGUGCAUGAAUGGCCUGUUGGUUUUCAGUCCAACAAUAUUCCAUUCCAGCAAGGCAUGUUCACAUCUAUUGAACCUGGCUACUACAAAGUGAAUGAAUUUGGAAUAAGGAUUGAGGAUGUUGCUGUUAUUGUUCCAGCUAAAACAAUGUACGGCAACCAGUAUCUGACAUUCAACACCGUGUCACUGGUCCCCUAUGACAGAAAAUUGAUUUACACUUCGAUUCUCAGCCCUGAACAGCUCCAAUGGCUGGACACAUACUACCUGACCAUCCGAAAUAUAAUGGGUCCAGAGCUGAAGAGGCAGGGUCUGACUGAUGUCUAUAAUUGGAUGAUGCAAAACACAGAGCCGUUCCUGAAGACAGAGUCCUCGGCUGCCGUCCCCUCCAUCUCACUACUGCUGCUGCUUCUAUCUAUAGUUUUACUGUAGAAUCUCCUAUAUGAAUCUCCCACAGCUUUACUGUAGAAUCUCCUAUAUGAAUCUCCCACAGCUUUACUGUAGAAUCUCCUAUGAAUCUCCCACAGCUUUACUGUAGAAUCUCCUAUAUGAAUCUCCCACAGCUUUACUGUAGAAUCUCCUAUGAAUCUCCCACAGCUUUACUGUAGAAUCUCCUAUGAAUCUCCCACAGCUUUACUGUAGAAUCUCCUAUGAAUCUCCCACAGCUUUACUGUAGAAUCUCCUAUGAAUCUCCCACAGCUUUACUGUAGAAUCUCCUAUGAAUCUCCCACAGCUUUACUGUAGAAUCUCCUAUGAAUCUCCCACAGCUUUACUGUAGAAUCUGUUAAAAACAGUCCCAUAACUUUAUUUUGGCAUCUGUAAAAAAAAAAAAAUAGAAUCUGUAGAUAUCAGGAAUUACUCACAUACAGCCACCAAAUUAUUUCUAUUAGUCUGUCCAUAACAUAACUGCCAUUACUCCUCUACUCAAAAUGCUGAUCAAGGUCACUUAAACAAUUUCUGUUCAUCUUGUUCACACACUUCUUUACGGCCCAUUUAUAAAGAUUAAGAAUCAGCCUAAUUAAAACAGGUAUGUCUUCUAAGACCGAAUGAUACAGACUUAACAUGCACAGAAUAAAAACUCACUAAUUUAAGUUCACUUGUGUGCAGUGACGGUUCGAGAACAACUGAUGAGUCAUACCUGAAAAAGUCAAUGCUGUAUCUCCUGAGUAUUUUUAGCGUUUAACCGAUAAUUAACAGAAACGUCUUUGCUUGUUAGAUAUUUUCCAGUGCAGCAGAGCUAGGCUUUGGUUGCUGUUGCCGUUCAACUCUAAAAGCAAUUACUGUUCUGUAUAUGUGUUUGAUGAAUUUGAUUUUGAGUUUGUAAUUUAUAUGGACAGAGAGAUACAUCUAUUAAUCACUAAUUAUUUGAUAAUUUAUUAAAAUAAGCUUAUUUAAAAUCUA